GGGAGGCGGGGCGAGGGGGUCGUGGCGGAGGGCGGCCGUGUGCUCGCGCCACGUGAUGCUGAAACGACUGCUGACUCCACAUGGUCGGUGACGUCGUGGAGCCCGAGCGAUGCCCGCUAAAAGAUCCAGUGGAUUUGUUUCAUUCCGGGCAGGUUGUAAAAAUAUGUGCCCCUAUGGUCCGUUAUUCAAAGUUGGCUUUCAGAACCUUGGUUAGGAAAUACAGUUGCGAUUUGUGUUAUACUCCAAUGAUAGUGGCAGCUGAUUUUGUGAGAUCUGCAAAAGCUAGAGACAGUGAAUUCACAACAAACAAAGGUGAUCAUCCAGUGAUUGUUCAGUUUGCUGCUAAAGAAGCACAGGUUUUAUGCGACGCUGCCCGUAUCAUCUGUCCUUUUGCGGAUGGGAUAGACCUAAACUGCGGUUGUCCUCAGAGAUGGGCAAUGGCAGAAGGUUAUGGUGCUUCCUUAAUAAAUAAACCAGAGCUAGUUCGAGAUAUGGUGAGACACAUAAGAAAUCAGAUCGACAACCCUAGAUUUUCAGUAUCUAUUAAAAUAAGGAUCCAUGAGGACUUGAAAAGAACAGUUGACCUGUGUCGAAAAGCUGAAGCAAGUGGAGUUUCAUGGAUUACAGUACAUGGGAGAAAUGUAGAAGAAAGACAUCAGCCUGUACAUUAUGAUGCAAUUAAAAUUAUUAAACAAAGUAUGUCUAUACCCAUUGUGGCUAAUGGAGACAUUAAAACUUUAAAAGAUGCUGAAAAUGUUCAUCACUUGACAGGAGCAGAUGGUAAGAUUAAACAGAUGACUUUCCAGUGGACGGCCGUUGCCAUCUUCCUGUACGGGGAAAUAGCGGUGAUCUUACUGCUCUGCCUGCCUUUUAUUUCUCCUUUGAGAUGGCAGAAGAUUUUUAUGUUUCCUCUAUGGAGCAAAAUGGCAAUUUUUUGGAACAAGACAUUCCUUACAAUAAUAGUUUUAUUGAUCGUCUUGUUUCUUGAUGCCAUUAGAGAAGUUAAGAAGUACUCAGCUGCUCAUGUGAGUGAAAAGGCUGUAAAUGUCAAUACCAGUGCCUUUGAUCAUAUUCAGAUGAAACUCUUCCGAUCACAAAGAAACCUUUAUCUCUCAGGUUUUUCCUUAUUUUUUUGGCUUGUAUUGAGACGUACUGUUACCCUUCUUACUCAGCUGGCAAAACAGAUGGCAACUCAAGCAGCUCUGGAACUGCAAGUAAACAACACUACUGAAGCAGCCAAAAAGUACAUAACUGAAAAUGAAAUGCUGCAGCAGGCCUUGAAAGAAAAGGGGAGCAGUAAAAAGAAAGAGUCAGGAGAAGCAACCGAUGAGAAACUGAAGAAAGAAAUUGAACAUUUGAAAGCAGAGCUACAGAAGACAUCAGAUGCUCACCUCAAGGUAACUAAUGAACUGACAGCAGUUAAAAAGCAGUCUGAAGGCCUUAAAAGAGAAUAUGACCGUCUCAUGAAAGAACAUGAACAGCUUCAGCACGGUUUAGGUGAAGCAGAAGACAAGAAAGAUUUGUAGUGCAUCUGAGACAGAUGGCCUUGGUACAGUUGCUUCGAUGUGAAGUCUUGUGUGUUUAGACUCCUGAUGCGUAUAUGAAACAAACUUCAUUUUGUGAAAAGAACAUGCACUGCAGGUCACUGUUAGAUUCCUCUAAUAUAUCUUGGUUGCCAGUAUAUUCUUUGCUGCUAUUAAAAUAUUAAGUGGCUUACCAGAUUUACAGAGCUUGUCACUGCACUUGUGAGGAAAACCAUGAAAAAUCUUUCAAUUCCAUGUGGAGCAACUUGGCUGCUCUCCAAGCUUUUGCCUUCCAAAACAGUAAGAGAUCAUGCACCAUUUGCUUGUAGCAUUUGACGGAGGUUAUAUAUCACGCUAAAUCAUGAACACACAAUUAGACAAACCUCCUUGGCAACACUAUUAGGAGUCUGCAGAAAUUUAGUUACCAGUGGGUUGAAGAAGACUGAAAGCUUUUCAUCAAGCAUUCCACUUCUGUGGAAAAUUGAAUGACAAUCAAUUUUAAAAAAUAAAAUUGCAUUGCUAAAUCCAUCUCUCACUAGCUUGUAACUUUCACUUAGCCAUGUGGAUGAAUGUAUUUUUACAAAUAACAUCUUGCAUGCCUUUGGUUUAUUCUUCUUAAAUACAUUGAGUUAUUUCAGUUUUCAUAACGAAAGUUUUGGGUUGGUUGAUAUUGGCAUUCUAUAUUUUUUCACUGUUUACAUCUGUUUACUCUUUACAUGCCACCUAACUUCUCUUGCCUUUCUGAGUAAAAAUUAUUUUUAAAUGGUGGUUGGUUUGUUUUCUUCAUGGAUACUAUACCUCAAAAGCCCUUUGUGGCAAUCUGAAAGUUGUUUUGAGUAUCUUUUUUGUUAAUUGGUUUCAAUUUGUAUUUGAAAGUUGGAUAUGUUUAUUAUAUUAAAGGGAUUGUUUAAGUU